CGACAUCAGUAUUUAAAAGACUAAGCAACGCUACUAGAAAUGUGUUCCGAAGAAGCAACGUGGUCCAACCCCGGAAUACAAAUGCCAAGAAAGCCACUGAUCCCACUGUGAAGAAAUUGGCAUAUACAUGGGGGAAAAAUAGAGACCAUUCAACAGAAAAGAAGAAAACUGUUAAUAAGAAAAAAGACCCUUCACCCUCAAAACAAGCAAAAGAAGAUGUACAAAAAGGGCAGAAAAAUAACCCACUGCUUGUGAAACCAAAGGGGAAGGUAACAGAUAAACAGAAAAUAGACCUAUCACCUGCAAAACAGAAGAAAAAAGAUCCAUUGCCCAAAAAACAGACUAAGGAUGUACCAAAAGGGCAAGGAACUAUGCCAAAGAAAAAAGACCUUUCGCCUGCAAAACAGGCAAAGGAUAAUGCACCAAGAGGACGGGAAACUGUUUGGAAAAAACAAGACCCAUCCUCUGCCAAAGAGAUAAAGACGAAUGUGCGAAAAGGACAGAAAAAAGAUAUUUCACCAGCAAAAAAGACAAAGGAUAAUAUAUCAAAGGGGAAGGGAACUAUGCAGAAGAAAAAGGACCCUUCACCUGCAAAACAGGCAAAUGCUAUUGUACCAAGGGUAUGGGAAACUGUGCAGAAGAAAAGAGACCCAUCACCCGCCAAACAACCAGAGAAGAAUGUACAAAAAUGGCAGAAACCAGAACAGCGCAAAAUAGAUCUUUCACCUGCAAAACAGGAAAAGCCAAUUUUAACAAGAGAGCAGGAAACUGUGCAGAAGAAAAUAGACCAGUCACCUGCAAAAGUGCAGGACACUGUCCGAAGGAUAAAUAUUUUGCCCGCAAAACCAAUAAAUACUUUACCAAAUAAGGAAAUAGCUGAAAAUGAGAGAAAGGUCCAGUUACGAAAAGAACAGAAAAAAGUUAUUCAGAAUCAAGACCUUUCACCUAUGAAUAAGAUAGAAAAACAGACACCUGAAAGGCAAAAUGCUGUGAAGCAGGAAAAAAACAAAGAACCACAGACAGGGAAAAAAUAUUUAAAGGUUCAAUUUGUGGAACCUUUAGAUAUUCCCAUUGCCAAGCCUCAAAAGCAGCCAGAGAAUCAGAAGUGUGUUAAACAGAGUUAUCUGACAAGUAUCCAAGACUACCGUCUUGGUCGUAUGCUAGGCAAAGGAAGUUUUGGCAGGGUGUUCCUGGCUCUGCAUAAACCUUCCAACAGAAACGUUGCCAUAAAAGCAUUAAGCAAGACCCAUAUUCUUAAUUCUGGUUUGACUAAAAAAGUUUUUCUCGAUUGA